UCUUACGUCAAACGUAGCAAAAACAAAUUCAUUACAUUUAACGAAACUACGUUUUACGGUAUAAAGUGAUUUAUCACUAAAUUUGUGUUUGUUUUUGCCGGCUUAGUGGGUAAACCGCAACUAACUUUACUUUAUUAGUUUUGCGACAUUUGUAAAGGAAAAGUUGCGUUUAAUGAUUUCGGUCGUGUGUGCAUGCAGUUAUAUGAAUAAUUGUUUCACUUAGGAUUAAGUAAAUUGUGUUUGCCGAUACUAUGGCAUAUCGCGAUAACAAAUACCGAAAUGGUGAUGCACAUAACGCUAGCGAUAAUCUUGACUCAAGCCUUGAAAUGCAAGCAGUGUCUCCAGUUAUGGUGCCUCGCCAUAGGAAAUUGAUUUUUGACACACCUGAAAACGAUCCCCCAAAACAUUCGAAAGAUAACGAUGAGGGGCUUGCUUCACCGCCAUAUCGUAAGGUCCGUGAGUUACGUUUAUUCGACACACCUGCAACACCUAAAACAAUUUUGCAAAAGUCGGCGGAUAAUAACUUGAAUUCUGAUAAUGUUAAAGCGCUUGCAAGUGAAAUGACUGAACGUCCACUCUCUCUACCUGUGCAUCCUCGCACUGUUGAGAAUGUUCGUCCAAGCGCAAAUAUUAAUCCUUUUACUCCUGAUGGGUUAAUGGCAUGUAAAAAGAAACGUUGUCGUACGCAGUCUGGCUUGGAUGGUUCGGUUAAUUCGUUUCUAAACACAGAAGCAGAAUGUGAUAAUGAUGAUGAAUCUCUGGAAGUUGUACAAGCACCAAAGCGAUUGGCGUUGCAAGACACAAAUAUUAGUCGCUAUCGAAAGGAGUUCAUAGAAAUAUCUGUAAUUGGUGUUGGCGAGUUUGGUUUAGUUUAUCAGUGCCUUAAUCGUUUAGAUGGAUGCGUUUAUGCUAUUAAAAAGAGUAUUAAACCCAUUGCGGGCAGCUUCUUUGAAAAACGAGCAUUAAAUGAAGUUUGGGCUCACGCUGUGUUAGGAAAGCACGAUAAUGUAGUUCGUUAUUAUUCAGCAUGGGCAGAAGAUAAUCAUAUGCUUAUUCAGAAUGAAUACUGCAAUGGUGGUAGUCUACAGUCAUUGAUACAAAAACGUUCACUUGUUGAAUCAGAGCUUAAAAUUUUACUCCUUCACGUUGCAGAAGGCUUACGUUAUAUACAUUCACAUGAUUUGGUGCACAUGGAUUUGAAGGCUGGUAACAUAUUUCUUGCAAAAGAACCAGUUUUGCAUAAAACGACUCUACCAUCACUGACUGAAGAAUGUUAUGAAAAUGGAAUGGAUGGUGUUUAUGCUGAAUUAAGUAAUACUGAAUGCAUUAUUACUUAUAAAAUAGGAGAUCUUGGUAAUGUAACAUCAAUUGAGGACGCUAACGUUGAGAAAAGCGAUUGCCGUUACUUACCUAACGAAAUUUUAAAAGAAAAUUUUAGCCAUCUUUUUAAAGCAGAUAUGUUUUCGUUAGGGAUAACCCUAUAUGAGGCUGCAGGAGGAGGUCCCCUGCCAACUAAUGGGCCAGAAUGGGACAAUUUACGUAAUGGAAAUAUUCCAUAUAUAUCAACAAUAAGUGAAGAAUUUAAUGACCUCAUCAAAUUAUUGACUCAUCCUGAUCCGGAGCAGCGUCCUUCGUCCACAUCUAUUUUUAGUAAUCCAAUACUCAACUCAUUGGAAUCAAAAACAAAGGUUCAACUUACUCAGGAAAUAUUAAUUCAGAGCCAAAAGAAUACCAUCUUGUUCAGAAAACUUCAAGAAACUAAGAAGCAACUUAGAGCAAAUGAGAACAACUUGAAAAGCAUGAACCAAAUUUACCCUGCAGUAUUAGGAGAGCAACGUUGUCUACGUUCGUGUUCUCAAAAAAAGCGAUCUCUUGGUUUAACCACUAGAACUGAACGUCUUCGUGAUCGAAACAAAAACCUGAUUAGUAAUAAUAACAAUAACAAUAUUAAAUGUUAAAAAAUUGUUAAAUGUCCUUAGUUUUCAUGUUGAUUUGUUAUACCUUUUAUAUUAAUUUUUAUGUCUCACGUAACAAAAAAAAAUAGUACAACAUUUGUUAGAUUAAUAGCACAAAUGAACAAAAGUAAAAUAUAUUUUUAUUUAUAUUUGUAAUCUAUUCAUAUUAAAACAAUUAUAAAACUGUGGUUUAAAUGUAUUUUUAAUGUACAUAAGUUAUUAAUAAGACGUAACAUAAGUUUAUAUUAUAAGUAACACCUGCCGCAUUAAAUAAAAGAAUAAAAGACGUAUGUGAACAUUUUUCUGGGUAACCAUAGGAAUACGUACUGAGAUUUCUUUAACUUUUUGUACCCGUUUUUAAAAAGUAAAUAAAAAAUUA